AUGAAGCAGCUUCUCUGGAUCCCCACAAGUUGUCGUACCAGUAACAGGAAGAGUCUGAUCCUGUCCACCACCUCCCCCACUCUGCCCCACCGCCCACACUCUCCUCUGCCCCUCCCUGGACACCUCGGAAGUAGCCCUCUGGACAGCCCACGCAACUUCUCUUCCAGCACCCCAGGACACUUCUCAUUCGCCUCCUCCAGAAGGGCGGAUGGUCGACGAUGGUCCCUGGCAUCUCUGCCCUCCUCUGGAUAUGGCACCAACACGCCCAGCUCCACGUCCUCCAGCUCGUCUCAGGAGCGGCUGCACCAGCUGCCCUUCCAGCCCACCAUGGACGAGUUGCACUUCCUGUCCAAGCACUUUGGCAGCACGGAGAGCAUCACCGACGAUGAUGGGGGCCGCUGCUCACCACAAAUGCGACCACGCUCCCGCAGCCUCAGUCCUGGACGCUCCCCCUCCUGCUAUGACAAUGAGAUCGUCAUGAUGAACCAUGUGUACAAGGAGCGCUUCCCCAAAGCCACGGCUCAGAUGGAGGAGCAUCUAGCAGAGUUCAUCAAUGCCUUCUACCCUGAGAGCGUGCUGCCGCUGGCCGACGGGGUCAUCAGCUUCAUCCACCAUCAGAUAGCAGAGCUGUCCAGGGACUGCCUGUCCAAAGCUCGCAAGGGCCUUAUCACUACUGUCUACUUCUUUGAGCUGCAGGAGAACCUGGAGAAGCUGCUCAAUGACGCGUAUGAGCGAUCAGAGAGCUCAGAGGUGGCCUUCGUCACAGAGCUGGUGAAGAAACUCCUCAUCAUCAUCUCUCGCCCAGCAAGGCUGCUGGAGUGCUUGGAGUUUAAUCCAGAGGAGUUCUACCACCUGCUGGAGGCAGCAGAGGACCACGCCAAGGAGGGACAUCUGAUGAAGACGGACAUCCCUCGCUACAUUAUCAGCCAGCUGGGACUGACACGAGACCCUAUAGAAGAAAUGGUGAACCUGGACAGCUACGACAGUGAGGGACCUCUCACCCCAGAAACAGACGACUCAACAGAGGGCAAGAUGAGAGCUAUGAAGACGCCCGAAGAGGCUGACUUCCAGACCAUAAAGCUGAUCAGCAAUGGAGCCUAUGGAGCUGUUUACCUGGUCCGUCACCUGGAGACCCGUCAGCGUUUUGCCAUGAAGAAGAUCAACAAGCAGAACCUGAUACUAAGGAACCAGAUCCAGCAGGCCUUCGUAGAGAGAGACAUCCUGACCUUCGCUGAGAACCCAUUCGUGGUCUCCAUGUUCUGCUCCUUUGAGACCCGCAGGCACCUCUGUAUGGUCAUGGAGUAUGUGGAGGGGGGAGACUGUGCCACCCUGCUGAAAAACAUUGGGGCAUUGCCCGUGGAGAUGACGCGCAUGUACUUUGCCGAGACCGUCCUGGCACUGGAGUACAUCCACAACUAUGGCAUCGUGCACCGCGACCUCAAACCAGACAAUCUUCUGAUCACUUCCAUGGGGCACAUCAAGCUGACUGACUUCGGCCUGUCUAAGAUGGGUCUGAUGAGCCUCACCACUAACCUGUACGAGGGACACAUUGAGAAGGACACCAGAGAGUUCCUGGACAAACAGGUGUGUGGCACGCCAGAGUACAUCGCCCCGGAGGUGAUCCUGAGACAGGGCUAUGGGAAGCCAGUAGACUGGUGGGCUAUGGGCAUCAUCCUCUAUGAGUUCCUGGUGGGUUGUGUGCCGUUCUUUGGAGCCACGCCUGAGGAGCUCUUUGGACAGGUCAUCACAGACGACAUAGUGUGGCCAGAAGAUGAGGACGCUCUUCCUGCCGAUGCCCAGCAUCUGAUCUCUACUCUGCUUCAGACCAACCCACUGGUCCGACUGGGCACAGGCGGUGCAUUUGAGGUGAAGCAGCACUCGUUCUUCACUGAACUGGACUGGAACAGUCUGCUGAGACAGAAGGCUGAGUUCAUCCCCCACCUAGAGUCAGAGGAAGACACCAGCUACUUCGACACCCGCUCAGACCGCUACCACCACGUCCACUCUUAUGAUGAGGACGACACCAAUGAUGAUGAACCUGUCGAGAUCCGUCGUUUCUCGUCCUGCUCCCCUCGCUUCAGCAAGGUGUACAGCAGCAUGGAGCACCUGUCCCAGCUGGAGCACAAGCCCCCGACGGUGACCCGGCGGGAGCACAAGGGCCCCAGGGAGGACCGGGCGGCCAAGAGAGAGAGCCUGGGCAGCCUGACCUUGAGAGACAAGAGCUGGAGGACAGGAUCACCUGAGAUGAAGCGACUGUCAUGCUCAGAGUCAUCCUUCACUGAGAGUGACUCCAGUCCUCCAUCUGGGGCCCGGCGACGCUUUUCUGCCCUCAUGGACACUCACCGCUUCGCCUCUCCACUAGAGGCCGAUCCUGAGCUGCCAGUGCCCACCAGGCAGCUCCCAGUCAAGGCCAGGGGCACCUCUCUGGAGGGGGCCAUGGGCACCACAUCCGUGGGCACCACAUCCAGCCAGGGGGAUUUUAGGAAGGAAAGGGAGGGCAAUGGGUUGACUGCUGGAGACAAGCUGCUGAGGCCAGCUGAUGUACCAAUGGGAGUCAUCCCCAGCCCCAACAGUACUGUGACUGCUGGGGCAACAGAGCCCCAGGGGUCACGGGCCACCAACGAGCUGGUCCUGAGGAGGGCCCGCCACAGCCAGCUCUCAGCUGAGGGAGAGAAGCGCAACUCGCGACCCGUGACCAAGGUCAUCAAGUCUGCCUCCACCACAGCCCUGUCUGUCAUCAUACCUGCAGUGGAGCAGCAUGGUACGUCCCCCCUGGCCAGCCCCAUGUCUCCUCGAUCCAUCUCCUCCGACCUGUCGUCUCGUGACUCCUCCCCCAGCCGAGACUACUCGCCCACGGUCAACGUGCUGCGUUCUCCCAUCACCAUCCACCGCUCUGGGAAGAAGUACGGUUUCACCCUCCGAGCCAUUCGAGUCUACAUGGGAGACAGUGAUGUCUAUAGCGUACACCACGUGGUCUGGCAUGUGGAGGACGGAGGCCCUGCCCAGGAGGCGGGACUCUGCGCUGGUGACCUCAUCGCUCAUGUGAACGGGGAGUCUGUCCACGGGCUGGUGCACACUGAGGUGGUGGAGCUCAUUCUGAAGAGUGGAAACAAUGUGAUGGUGACCACCACUCCCUUUGAAAACACCUCCAUCAAGAUUGGUCCUGCCCGCAAGUCCAGCUACAAGUCCAAGAUGGCACGGCGCAACAAGAAGACAGGGGCUAAGGAGGGACAAGAAAGUAAGAAGCGCAGCUCGUUGUUCAGGAAGAUCACUAAGCAGUCGAACCUGCUCCACACCAGCCGCAGCCUGUCCUCUCUGAACCGCUCUCUGUCAUCAGGGGACAGCCUACCAGGCUCCCCCACCCACAACCUCUCUGCCCGCUCCCCCACACAGAGCUACCGCUCCACCCCCGACUCCACCUACCUGGGCAACACUUCUCAGAGCAGUUCUCCAGUCUCCAGCACCCCUAACUCUCCGGCUGCCUCCCAGCAUAUGAGACCCAGCUCCCUGCACGGCCUCUCCCCCAAACUGCACCGCCAGUACCGCUCAGCCCGCUGCAAGUCAGCUGGCAACAUCCCUCUGUCCCCCCUGGCCCACACACCCUCCCCCACCACCUCCUCUCCCCCACCCCUGUCUGGCCACACAGUGGGUAGCUCCAACACCACUCAGGCCUUCCCAGCAAAGCUCCACUCCUCUCCCCCUGUGGCCCGUCCCAGGCCCAAAAGCGCAGAGCCCCCCCGCUCACCUUUGCUACAGCGGGUUCAGUCGUCAGAGAAACUGGGUGCAACCCUCCUACCCUCCUUUUCAUCUUCGUCUUCAGCUUCCUCACCCCUUGCAGGAGGGGUGUCAAUGCGUAAGCACAGCCUGGAGGUGUCACAUGGGGACUACAGAAGGGAGUCUUUCCACUGCGAGCACAGCCUGCAGAGUCUGCUGGAGAUGGAGGGAGAGAACGGGCCCGUUCCCCCCUCUCCCUCAUCUUCCUCCUCCCCUUCUCCCCCCACUGUUGGAGAGACAGGGUGCCUGAAGCCUGCGAGGAGGCUGGGGAGACAGGAGUCGCCUCUGAGCCGGGACACACUGCUGACAGGGAGGGAGAGAGCUGCCCAGACUACAGCAUCUGACCCACACACUGACAGCACACCUGUUAAAGUAGAGCCCAAGACCAGCACUAGUGAGACAGCUAAGACAUUAACUCCUUGUGAGGCUCUGAAGAGAAAAGCUUCACCAGUACCAGGUGAGGCCCAGCCUAGCCCAGCCUUAACCCCCUCCACUCCAGGGGCCAAGUCCAGCCCAGCAGACAAACCUCUAAGCUCUAGUGCUCCAAGCUCUGAGACAGCCAGUGGUGGCCCUAAUCCCACUUACAGGGCCCCAGUCCAGGCUACAUCCCAGAGUCCGCUCUCUCAGGAGCGUAAGCACCAGGUUGUCCAGACAGACACCACCCCAGCAAGCAGAAGCCAGGAGAAGAGUGAGGAGAAAGGAAGUGGGGGUCCAGACAAAGUCACCACACAGAGGGCGGGAGCUACAGAGUUGGCCAAGGCAAGUAAAGACACACAGAUGGGAGAGAGCACUUUGAAAGGAGGGAUGGGUGGCAUUGACAAAGCCACUGAGACCAAGGUUAAAGGACCUGCUCCUUCAGUCCCAACCCAAGCACCAGCCCCGACCCCGGCCCCAUCCCCUCUUACCAUAGGCCCAGUUCCUGCUUCAACAAAAUCCAGAGCAGACAAGGUUUCUGUCCCGUUGAGCAGCUACCGAGGGGCCAAGGAGGAGAGGAGUCACCUGGAGGUGGUGGAGGAGAACCCUAUGUCCCCCUCCUCCACCGCUGCCUCCCCCUGCUCCAGCAAGUCACGCCCCGUCUCCCCUGGUGACAAGCCAAGCUUUGUGACUCAGCUGACCAGUGUGGCCAAAAAUGUGCUGGGGCCUAUGAAGAUGGGAUCCCAGGAAGGGCCCAAGGGCGGUGAGGAGAAACGGGGAAGUUCAGCGGGAAAGUCUGAGGCUCCGUCUGGAGGUAGUCGACGGGGCGCUCAGGGGACAUCUCCAAGUCCUACCGGCUCAGCUCAGCCUGAAAAGGCAAACACGAGGAAUUCAGGUAAGCACCACUCCUGAUCUGCAAGUGAGGGACAAACCUGUGAUCUCCCGGAAAAUGCCUUUUUGGACCAGAAUAUCAUGCCACCAUAUCAGGCACCUACAGAAACACACCAAAUAGCUAGAAAAUACAGACCUGUAGAUAAAACAAGAAUAUGUUGAGGAAUGUGCUUUAAUGCUGUUCUCAAAUGUGUGUGUGUAUGUACUGUAUGUGUAAUGUAUAUAGUAAAAGCGUGUCUUCUUGCAUGUUCCAAAUUGUACAUGAGAGAUGAAAGAGAAUAUUUAAAGAGAUGAGGAAAAAAAAUCUAACAGACCUGAUGGUAGUGAACACUGUGAACAUCAUGUCAACAGCCCCCACAUGUUCCCAAUGUAAACAGCAUGUCUAUAGGCAGGCUUCUGUCACAGUCUAUCACCACGAAGAACAUUACCCAUGUCCGUCAACUCCGGUGCCAUCUUUUCACUCAGUUAAAAUACCUAAAGAUAGCACCUUGUUCUUUUUCUCACACAGUACCUGGAAAAUAGAUUGAGAGAAGAAUUGUUGCAUUGGUGUAACAUGCAUUGGUGUAACACAUUGAGAUCUGUUUCUAACUGGACAAAGGAGAUGACCUGCUUGCUAAAUGUGGAACUUGGAAUUGUAUUGUGUAAAGGAGAGCUGAAUUAAUUGGUUUGAGUGUUUUAAGGGCUGAGUCCUGGUUGGAUUUAGGUGGACUAUCUGAACUUGCACAGGGACACUAUGCAAUGGGCUUUUUAAGUAUUUUCCUGUGUGUCCCCUACAAUGUACCCAUGAAUGUUAGGGAGGUAAAGGUUUGCAAUAAGCCAAGCAAGCAGAUAUAAUGAAUUGAACUAAAGAAGAGGAACCCAUAUGUCUCUGCGUGUGAAUUAAGUGUGGUCAGGUGAUAAAAUUGAUACUAUAGAAUGGGAGUCUUGUUUGAGACUUACUCGUACUCUGGCAACGUAGGCUAGAACUCUCCCUUUUCAAUGUAUGUAAAAUUAGCAUUGUAUAAUGUAAUGUGUGAAUAAAUGUGCCAGUUUAUUUGAGGGAUAUGUUGUUUACAGUGAUGAGUAAUGAUAUGCAAGUUCUAUGUAGAAUUCCUAGUGAGAUCUGACAGCCCACCGUAGACCUAGGCAGCACCUUCAUCAGGGACGUAACUUAAUAUGUUCAUGCCCAUACCUGUAUCAGACUGCCAUCUUGUGGCCAUCACACGACUGUCCUGAACAUAGUAUUUGAGGUAAAAAUGUAAUUUACAGAUCAUCAGUUCAGAAUUGAAUGACACAAGAUUAGAUUUGAUCCGAGAUAUUACCCUCAUAUCUUCAUGAUUUUCUAUUGUAACCACUGUUCCAUUCAUAUAGCUACUAGAAACUUGUUUGUUUGUCUGAAUACAAUUAGAUUUUUUUUUGUGUAUUAUGACCGAUAAAGAGAGAUAGAUGUAUGAUACAGAUACAGAGCUCCUAGGAGACGACAAACAGCUCAUAUUUAGAUGAAUGCUAGUUAAAAGCUUGUGUUUGUGUAUGUGGGGGUGUGCGUGGAAAUUGCACUUUAUUUUGUGUCAAAUGUAUUUAUUUAUCUAUUUAUUACACUUUAUUUAUUGUAUUUGAUUAUUUGUCAAUUGCUCUCAAACGGUUUACUUGUGCAUUGUUCUUUGAAUUGUUAUUUAUAUCUCUAAAUUGUAAGUCUACAAAAUGAGAGAAUUUACCAAAUCUGUGUGGUUGUCAUAUUUUGUGCAAUUAUACUUCUGUCAUUCCAUAAGAGAGUUGCAAUACACCAUGGCCUCGGUCCAUGUUGACUUAUUUGUGAGUUAUUUGUGACUUUUUUAUGACACUUCUCUCAGUUCAUUGUUGUCCAUGUCAUUUUAUUCUCUUGGCACUGUUAUGAAACCAAUGCAAAAAAAGCCUAUAGAGUAAUAAAAUCAUUAAAGAUAA